ACCCUUUUCCCGGAAGUGCUGCUGUCAUUGGGAGCUUCUUUCAUUUUCUCCGUGCCCUUGCAGUUGCGAUUUGACCAGGAAUAGAAUGACCACUUAACAAUGAAGUGAAGGUGUUUCCAUAGGAGUAUCUCUUACUUAUGGUUUUGGCCUGACGCGAGUGCUAGGGCUUUGGAAUGUUGCGGACGCGAGGAAUCGUGUGCGUGGCUUGUACGAGUGUUGCAAAAAGCAACAGAGGUGUUAAAAUAAGGAUCCCGUUGCAGAAGCUGAACCAUCUGUCCCGUGUGAUCCACCACAGGAGUUCCCCAAAUGUAAAUCAACACAAAACCGCACAGGUUCUCUAUGCAUCAGUCAGGCAGUUUACCUCUUUCUCCAGGCAUCCAUUUCGACCAGUCCGCCCCCUAUUGAGUGUCCACAGUUACCAGCCUUUCAGGACAUUUUGGGUGGCCAGACUAGCAUCUCGAUUGCUUCGACUUCGUUAUAUUUUGUUGGGCUCGGCUGUUGGUGGAGGUUACACAGCUAAAAAGACAUACGAUGAGUGGAAAGAUAUGUUGCCUGAUCUUAGUGAAUACAAAUGGAUAGUUCCUGAUUUCAUUUGGGAGUUAGAUGAGCACAUUAAUCUGGAGAAAAUAGCCAGUGCUUUACCCGAUGCUGAAACACUUGCCAAGCUGCUGCCAGACUUUGAAAAGAUAGGCGAGAAUUUCAGUUUUCUAAAAGGCUUGAUUUCUAAUGGUGUGAUUUUAUUUAGUGAAGUCAAAGAAGCUUCUGGUCUGCAUCUGUUGUUAGAAUCUUCACAAGAAUCAGUGUUUAAGUCUACGGACAAGCAUGGCUUUGAAGGCAGUGACAAGCAGUUUAAAAAGGGCCUACUUGGAGAACUGCUUCUAAUACAGCAACAAAUCCAGGCGCAUGAAGAAGAAGCUCGCAGGGCCACGGGGCAGUAUAAUUCCAGCACUUUCCAGCCAAAACACAAGGUUUCUGACAAAGAGAGAGCAGAGAAGCUGCAAGAAGAACUUUUGAGGACUCAGUUGAAAUAUCAGAAAAUCCUGGAACGCUUGGAAAAAGAAAACAAAGAGUUAAGAAAAGUGGUGCUUCAGAAAGAUGACAAAGGGAUUCACCAGAGGAAGGUGAAGAAGUCAUUGAUUGAUAUGUACUCUGAGGUUUUGGAUAUCUUAUCAGACUAUGAUUCUAACUAUAACACUCAAGAUCAUCUGCCAAGGGUGGUGGUUGUUGGAGAUCAAAGUGCUGGGAAGACCAGUGUACUAGAAAUGAUUGCUCAGGCUAGAAUAUUUCCUCGGGGUUCAGGUGAAAUGAUGACUCGGGCGCCUGUAAAGGUAACCCUCAGUGAAGGCCCACACCAUGUAGCUAUGUUUAAAGACAGCUCCAGGGAAUUUGACCUUACAAAAGAAGAUGAUCUUGCGGCUUUGCGGCAUGAAAUUGAGAUCAGGAUGAGAAAGAGUGUAAGAGAAGGACACACUGUCAGCCCAGAGACUAUUUCUCUAAGUGUUAAAGGUCCUGGAAUACAGAGAAUGGUUCUGGUGGAUCUUCCUGGAGUAAUAAGUACUGUUACAUCAGGAAUGGCUGCUGAUACAAAGGAAACAAUUUUUAGUAUAAGCAAGGCCUAUAUGCAGAAUCCAAAUGCCAUUAUCCUUUGUAUUCAAGAUGGUUCAGUGGAUGCUGAGCGAAGCAUUGUUACAGAUCUCGUGAGUCAAAUGGACCCUCAGGGCAAGAGGACAAUAUUUGUUUUGACUAAAGUUGAUCUAGCUGAGAAGAAUUUGGCCAGUCCCAGCAGGAUUCAACAAAUUAUUGAGGGUAAACUGUUCCCUAUGAAGGCAUUGGGAUACUUUGCUGUGGUAACUGGAAAAGGAAACAGCAGUAGUGAGAGUAUUGACUCAAUUAAAGACUACGAAGAGGACUUUUUUCAGAAUUCCAGAUUAUUAAAAAAUGGAAUGCUUAAAGCCCAUCAGGUGACAACUAAAAAUCUAAGCCUUGCAGUGUCUGACUGUUUUUGGAAAAUGGUCAGUGAGUCUGUGGAGCAACAGGCAGAUGCAUUUAAAGCCUCACGCUUCAAUCUUGAGACAGAAUGGAAGAAUAAUUAUCCCAGACUGCGUGAACUUGAUAGGAAUGAACUAUUUGAAAAGGCCAAGAAUGAAAUCUUGGAUGAAGUGAUCAGCCUAAGUCAGGUUACACCAAAACACUGGCAAGUAAUUCUUCAGAAGAAGCUGUGGGAGAGGGUGUCCACACAUGUGAUAGAGAAUAUCUACUUACCAGCUGCUCAAACAGUAGACUCUGGGACUUUUAAUACCACUGUGGAUAUCAGGCUGAAGCAGUGGACAGAUAAGCAGCUGCCCCACAAAGCACUUGAGGUAGCCUGGGAGACCUUACAGGAAGAAUUUACUCGCUUCAUGUCAGAGCGGAGAGGCAAAGACCAGGAUGACAUUUUUGACAAACUGAAGGAGGCAGUGAAAGAUGAAAGCAUUAAACGGCAUAAAUGGAAUGAAAGAGCAGAGGACAGUCUGCGUGUUAUUCAACACAAUGCUUUGGAAGACAGGUCCAUCUCAGACAAAGCACAGUGGGAUGCAGCAAUUCAGUUUAUGGAAGAGACACUACAAAAUCGCCUUAAGGACACUGAAUCCAUUAUCAAUGACAUGAUAGGUCCAGACUGGAAACAGAGGUGGCUGAAUUGGGUGAACCGAACACCAGAACAGCAUAUUCGAAAUGAAACCAAAAAUGAGUUGGAGAAGUUGCUGAAAGUAAAUGAUGGUCAUGCAGCUUAUCUAGCCAAUGAUGAGGUGACGACAGUCCGCAAAAAUCUUGAAGCCAAGGGGGUAGCAGUGGAUCCCAUUUUGAUAAAAGACACUUGGCACCAGCUUUUUCGUCGGCACUUCCUAAAGACAGCACUGUCUCAUUGCAAUCUUUGUAGAAGAGGAUUCUACUAUUAUCAAAGGCACUUUGUGGAUGCAGAGCUGGAGUGUAAUGAUGUUGUCCUGUUCUGGCGAAUCCAGAGAAUGCUUGGAAUUACAGCUAAUACUUUGAGGCAGCAACUUACCAAUAAUGAAGUGCGACGACUAGAGAAAAAUGUGAAAGAAGUGUUGGAGGACUUUGCUGAUGACAAUGACAAAAAGGUCCAACUAAUUACUGGAAGGAGAGUGCAAUUGGCAGAAGACCUCAAAAAGGUUCGUGAAAUUCAGGAGAAGCUUGAAGCAUUUAUUGAGGCCCUACAUCAGGAAAAAUAAGAUCUGUGGUGAGAAUCCAAGUAAAACUCAUAGACCUAUCCUUUUUCCAAGGGAAAAAGAA